UGACAUUUGUUGUUUAGUGGACGCGUUUUCUACGGUCUGCGACGAAUUUCCCUCUAAUUUAGGUUGCAAAAAUGGCACCUCAAGAUGCUGCUCCGGCGAAACCCGCGUCCGGUAAGGACAAGUCGAAAAACAUCAUGCGUGACUUGCGCAUCCGCAAGCUCUGCCUGAACAUUUGUGUCGGUGAGUCCGGCGAUAGGCUGACACGUGCGGCCAAGGUGCUCGAGCAGCUGACAAACCAGACGCCCGUCUACUCGAAGGCCCGCUACACGGUGCGUUCGUUCGGUAUUCGUCGUAACGAAAAGAUCGCUGUGCACUGCACCGUUCGGGGUGCCAAGGCGGAAGAGAUUCUCGAGCGUGGACUGAAGGUGCGCGAGUACGAGCUGCGUCGGGACAACUUCUCGCAGACGGGCAACUUUGGCUUCGGUAUCCAGGAGCACAUCGAUCUCGGCAUCAAGUACGAUCCGUCGAUCGGUAUCUACGGUCUGGAUUUCUACGUCGUGCUCGGUCGCCCCGGAUACAACGUUGCCCAGCGACGACGUAAGACUGGUAAGAUCGGUUUCAUUCACCGUCUCACCAAGGAGGACGCGAUGAAGUGGUUCCAGCAGAAGUACGACGGUAUCAUCCUGAACAGCAAGGCCAAGUAAAGCCCUCAGCAUCAUACGGAAUGAUUGUGCCGAUUCGUGUAAGCGUUAAGGAAGAGUCGCGUAUGUCACAAAAUACCGAAAAGAGG